UUCAAGCGACAUGGAUGCCGAAAAUUUAAUUUCGUUUGUUCAGCAACGGUCUGUGCUAUGGGACAAAUUUAGUGAUUCAUACAAAGAUAGGAAUGCUACGAAAAGUGCUUGGCAGGAAGUUUGCGCGGAAUUAUUUCCAGACUUUCAUGCUUUUAAUGACAGCGACAAAAUUUCGAUUGCCCGCUAUCGCGUUAUCCGCGAUUUUCCUUAUCGGAGGUGACGUGCCAGACUAUUCCGCGUAUAAUCGGGGUUCAACUGUAGUUAAAGAACAUUGCGUCAGAGUCAAACGGGCAGGUAAAGAAGUAAUUAGGAAGUGGACGAAUAUGCGGGAUUCGUUCUUAAAAUACAGAAAAAAAAUUAAAGCAAGCAAAUCCAGUGGAUCUGGGGCAUUGCAAUAUAAAAAAUAUAUAUAUAGUGAUCAACUACAGUUCUUGUGUAAAGUGUGUGAUGAACGAGACACUGUCGAUAGUAUGGGACCAAUCCAGACACAGGAUGGAGAAGAAGCAGAAAGCAUGAAUGUGCAAGACUUCACAGAAAACUCGAGUGCGUCUGCUUCAUCGGAAACGAAGAAAAAAAAAACAAAAGGAAAGCCACUUGAUGAAUUCGAAGUGAGAAUUUUGAAAGCAGUAGAAGGAGAGAAGCCAUGUGGUAAAAUGGCUUUCUUACAAAGCCUUAUGCAUCAUCUUAAAAAAUUCAAUGAUGAGGAUUUCCUACAGUUUCAAUUGGGAAGUUUAAAACUGAUAGAAAACAUUAAUGAAAAAAGAAAAGUACAGGAUUCUUCACUAAUUGACUUCUCUCAGAACCAAAAUUCAAUUUAUUUUCCAAUUCCAAUAGCAUCCUCAGAUGCAGACAGUGUUGAUUCUGAUACAAGCGAAACUGACCAUGUAUAG